ACAUGGGUCUGGAAAAGGAAAAAUCGGACACCAGUAUAUUUAUGGACGAAGAUGAGUUUAACAGAUCGAUAGAGCCCAUCCUGUCGAAGAAGGGGAAAGUGUACACAGAGGAGCCGGACCGAGAUCCAAACGACGUUAACGCGCACUUGAAGGUUGGUUUCGAAGAUGUCAUCGCUGAGCCCAUCUCCACACACAGCUUCGACAAAGUGUGGAUAGGAAGCCACGCCGCCUUUGAGCUGGUUAAAUACAUCUUCUACCGGCUGCUGACCACGCUGCUGGCCGUGCCCAUGGCUUUCAUCCUCGGACUCAUCUUCGCGGUGCUCAGCUGCAUCCACAUCUGGUUGGUGAUGCCGAUGAUCCAGAGCUUCGUGAUGCUCUUACCGUCGGUCCAGGUGGUGUGGAGGAGUCUGACGGACAUGUUCAUCACACCGUUCUUCCACAGUAUGGGAAAGAGCCUGUCCUCCGUUCAAGUGCAGACCACAGCGUACUGAUGCUGACGCCGCUCUGUCCCCUGUGGAGAGAGAAAUGUAGGACAGCUCGAAGUCAAAGGAAAGAAAACAGUGAAUGAUGCUUGUAGUGGAAAACAUGAGCUCUUUAUAAAGACAAAUGUGAAAUCCUGAAGAGAGUCCUGCACUAAGGACUAUAAAUACAUACAACAGUGAAUUUAAAAAAGGCUUAGUAAGCAGUGAGCAUGAAUCUGGAUCACUCGCAGGGAAAAUAUCUUAAAAAAGAGACAUCUAUGUAACGUUUCAGGAGAGAUGUUUCACGUUUAGUUAUGACUUUAAAUACACUGACAUAUAUUCAUAAAAUGUGUUCAUACAUCACCCAGAGAUCUAAAAAAAAAAAGACUUUCACUUUUCAGGCAGUUUUACCAGUUACUAUUAACCUUGAAGUUAUUUAAGCUGCAAAUCAAAUCCAUGCAGGUGGGUGUUUAGGGUUUAGUUGUCACAUCACUAGAAAAGUAAGACCUUUAUGAAAAGCUCAUGAGCGCCACCAAGAAUGUUGUUUUGCUGAUUGUGACCAAAAAAAUUCUUGUCAUUCCAUUAUGUUGUGGCUGAGAGAGCCGAGGCAUCAGUGUAACGUCUCCGUUGUCGUCGUUGUUGUUAAGGCAAACAUACUGCUGAGUUGCUGAGAGAUGUAAUAUUUCUGCUUUUUCAUAUAUUGUAUAUAUUGCAAUUAAUUCAGCUAGAAGUUGAAUGUAAUGAACUGAAUCAGCGUCUGAGGGUAGUUCUUAUGAUUAUUAAAUGCUAAGAUGCAGCUUGUUGCACAUUUUCAAGCUUAUUUAGACUUUCAUCUGCUGUGUUGAUUUCACAGUGCAUUGGCAAUAAUAUUGGGCAUUUGCUUUUCUAUGGACCUAAGAGUUAUUUUAAUAUGUAAUUGAACUACGUCAAAAACAGGGUUGGAUUUAAUCAAAGGGGUGGAUUUUUAAUUUAUUUUUUAUGCAACGAUCACUUCUCAACAUUUGGCGGCGUCUGAAAUGAGAGGACCUGCCUGACUGUCGUGUGAUGAAGGCGUUCCACAUUGCGUACUGUGUUUGGUUGAAGCCUCGGUUGAGCUGAGACUCCGGUACAUGCAUAUUUAAUUUAGAGGUUGUUUUUAUGCUACAGUGCUGCAGUUAGCAGGCUGGGUUUUGGAAUAUUUCUGCAGAGAGAAAGAGUUCAAACAGCAACACGAUUUUACCUUUUCUUUGCAGUGGAUUUGAUAAAGUUGAGUUUAAGGUACAAGCCUGCACAGUUCCCUCUUGCUAUGAGCUGCACAAUCUAAACUUUAGAGGCUGAUAUAGAGAGAAUCAGUGUCAGAGUUAUGGAGCUGAGUGUCAGGUACAUACUUACACACAGACACACACCUCUGAUAAACAGACACAACAUGUUGGAGUUCUUUUGUCAUCCUUUUUACUCCCGAAAAAUCUGUUUAGCUACUAGAUAUGCCACUAAAGUUCAAUCAUCCCACUGGACGUUUCUGUGAACUAGGAAUACGUUAUAUUUGUAUGUUCAUAUUCAUUUCAUGUAGUGGAUAUGUUGAAACAUUUCAACAAGGCUGUGGUUAACGUGUGGUUAGAUUUAGGCACAGGAAAAGAUCAUGUUUUUGCUUAAAAUACCUGGUUCUGGGGGGCACAAUCCCUGCUGGAGAAGCAGUGACAAAUCGCUACCAUAUACCGGCGGUUGACACCUUAAAUGCCAUUGGUAAAAAAGAGACAGGGUGCUACAAAAUACCCACGUCUGGUGCCUAAAAGCCACUGGAAACAUAGCAGUGACUACAUCAGGUUAUGUUAUUUGUCUUGAACAGUGGUCGUCAGUGGUCUGAAGCUGUCCUUCACCUCCCAGUGAUAAAGUCAGCAUACUGUAUGUACUACGUCACUUUAGAAACGUUAAUAUGAAAUUUGCAGAUGUAACGUAUGGGUGGUUUGCAGAAACAUACAUUGCCAACAUUUUCUCUUGCGAAGAGGCUGGCUACUUUUAUCAGAAGCUAGUUGCCAACUUUGCAGUUGGUGCUGUGCAGGUAGUGUGCAGUAGGUUUACCAGAGCUUCCUUUCUGAAAACAGCUGCCUGCUGCUUCUUAAAACAGGGUCGCUGAGGUUGCAGAGACUGAACCACGUGUGUGGCUGUUGCGGGGGGGGCCACAGCAAACUCUCAUUUUUUGUUUGUUUUUUUUGUUUGUUUUUUUAUAUAUACAGUACCCGUGUGUCCCAUCUAUCAUUCUGUCCCCUCUCUAAAUUUUUUUCGGUCUGUGAAUGCAGCACAGAUGGAGCUCUUCAUGAGUAAUUUUCUGCCUGAUGUUCCUCUGUAGCAGUAGUUUGUGAUUCAUGAGUUGAAUAAUUGAUCUGUUGAUCCAUUCAGACCUGAUCAGAUCAGAUCGAUGGAUGAGAGGAGCAGCUGCUGCGAGUGAAUGCAAACUUUUACACCCAGCAGAUUGAACUGUUCAGUAUUACUUUUAACACGCCUGACAUUCUACUGCUCCACCUCUGCCCUGAGUAAACUCUGUGCUCCGACAGUGUGGUGCUACAUGUAUAAAUAACUGUAAUGUAUAUAUAUCUCAAUAAUUUUCCUGUGGCUGUGGCUCUCCAUGUGGCUGUAGAUGUUUUAAUCGUGAUGGGCCGCCACAAACAAAUGAAUGUAUGGGAACCCCUGCAUGACAAAGCAUCUAUUUUUUGACACCUUGGGAAUAAGAAGGGUUGGCUACGGACAUGGCUGAUAAUUCUCUGUGGAGUCAUCACCGCAAGUGACACAUUUAACGAUAUAAACUCAUCUGAUCCAUUGUUGAUAUAAAACGUGUUAAGGCACAACUCGUCAUGGCUAAAUCAACCCAAUCACCAGAAAACAUGUUGGCUUUUAAUAUUUCUGCAAACCAUGGAUAUAUACACUUGCACGUUAUUAUGUAGUGGACCUUUAAGUUUCAGCAAUGCUGUGGUUAACAUGUCAUUAGGUUUAGGCCCAAAAACACUUAGUCAUGGUUAGGAAAACAUCACGUUUGGGCUUAAAAUAUCCCAUUUGAGGUGUACAGUGCCAGCUAGAAAAGCAGGGGUGUCUCGGUACAACACAACCGCUUUGCAUGACACUAUCCCCGCUAAUGGAUCACUCCAAAACACCCAAAACUGGAAGCUUAAAAAGCUGAUGGAAAAACGCUGAUAGCUAAGACAGACGGCUACAAAACAACUAUCUUUUGAGCCUGAAAGGUCGAUGCAAACACAGCAAUGACUACAAUGAAAAAAAAACACCCAGCUUUAUCGUUAGUUGGUCUCAAACAGUGGUCUGCAGCUUGGCAGCCAUCACCAUACGUGACACACCACAUCUCUCCCCUCCAUCUACCAACGACAAUGGCAGCUCAUGUACCAUGUCACUUCAGAAACAAUAUGAUACAUAUGAAACAUGCAAAUGUAUUCGUGGUUUGCAGAAACAGGUAAUGCCGACAUUUUCUUGUGGUGCCUGGUCAUGGCUCAGUGUGCUGCACCGGAGAAUUCCCCCCAGAGAACAGAACAAACUACCCUAGUAAAGUGCGAUUCCAACAGGUGAAAUGAUCACAGUCAGAUUGUCACAAAGCGGGCAUAUGAACCAAUAAGCCUGUUACAGUUACAGCAUGCAGUUUGUUUUGGGCGGUUAUACAGAUUUUCUAGAAAAAAAGGAGCACCUGAGGUGGAUUAUAGCGUCAAACAACAUUUACCUUUUCAAAUAUUUAAACUUGUUACUCAACUUUGCACUGCAAGCUUAGCAAGCUCACCUGCUGAACUUGUAAACCGAGCGAAUCAGACAGACACGCCACAGUUUUGCCCUCUGACACAACAGAAGAUAGACACUGUAUGACGUGAUGUUUUGUUUCCAGCUGACAACUGAAGGCAGCACUUCUGUCAGAGCUUUUUAAUCCUUUCACGGAUGUUAGACUGCUGACGAGCUGCCAGCCAGUACGCUUGUGUUUAGUUUUUACAACUCUCAGAGGAGACUCAAGGUAGGGUUGUGCAAUAGUGCAGAACGCAGGUGUGUAGAUGAAACGUCUUCUCUCAGCCCCAGAUAUUAUUCAAAAGUUAUUUACAUUUAGACAAAUAAAUCAUUAUGUGACACCUGCAGUAAAAACAUGUCUUUUAUUUUAUUGCUUUGUAUUUUCUGGAUCUUUUUUAACUGUUGCUUUGUGGAAACAUUCAAACUUUUGCUUUAACAAACUCAGACGAGUUCUUCGUGACCAAAAAUAAAGACAUUUUUUCCUCCA